UUAUUGUUACAGAAAUUUUCCCAGCCCUCCCAACAAGAGCUGCGUGUCAUUCAAGUCACAGCCAACCUGCUGCCAUAAAAAAAAACAAAACAGCUGGAGGGUUUUAGUGCAGCUUUACACGGAAGCCGGUGUUACUUUGUUAAACAUGGCUGACGACUUUGGCUUUUUGGCCUCCGACAACGGAGUUCAUGCAGUGGAAGAUCCGGCCGCGGCGUUUCUGGCCCAGCAGGAGAGUGAGAUCGCCGUGAUAGAGAACGACAGCUCCGGAUUCGGUGCUCUGGAGGACGGCGGACCUACGCCCGCGAACACGUACACGGCGUUCGGAGGUGAUUUUGGAGAAGCACCAGCUACUGCUUUAAACGGAGAUAUGUUUCAAGAAACCAACGGCUCAACUGACAGCUACUCCGCCAUUGCUCAAGUCGACAUACAGAGACAAGAACCUGAAAGCCUGCGCAAAUGGAGGGAGGAACAAAAGGCUCGGCUGGAGGAAUUAGAUGCAGCUUCUACAGCAGCUGAGGCUGUGUGGAGGGAGAAGGCCCGGAAGGAACUGGAGGACUGGCAUGUACACCAGACUGAACAGAUGGAGAAGAAUAAAGCCAACAACAGGAUCGCUGAUAAGACUGUCUACAAACAGCCCAACUCUGAUGCCAUAGACUUUGUAGUGUCAGAGGAGGCCUUCCUCAAGGAGUGCGAUGAUGACAGUCCUGGAACAGAAUGGGAAAAGGUGGCCCGUCUAUGCGACUUUAACCCCAAAACCAGCCGCCAGACUAAAGACGUGUCUCGGAUGCGCUCCGUUCUUAUUUCUCUAAAACAGACGCCUCUGCUUCGCUAACAUAACUCCCUCUUGGAAUCCCCAGGCUCUCUUUCUUGUUCCCUCUUGCACUUUAUUUUAGUGAGGCUUUUGUGGUUUUAAAAAGGGUCAUUGAAUGUGUAUGCUUCACUGUAUUUAAACUUCCUAUUUAAAUACCCUGGUGUUUUGCAAUGUCAGAAGACUUUUGCUGUUUCAUAUGUUGAAGAACAUAAGUGUGCCUCGAUCAUCUGAAUACAAAUCAAGUUUUUCUCUUAAUCCCAAUAUACAUGAAAGGCAGCAGAUUAGUAAGUAAAAGUAUUUUGGUUAGCUUAUGAGUUAUUUUCAUGAUUGUCGGGUUAUUUGCAAUGCCCACAAACCAUUAGACAGCAUAACUUCACUGGAACCAGUAUCUGUCUUUAUUGCCUUGUAAAACAGAAAAUGGAAGUGUUUGGUUACAGUCUGCACAGGGACAGUUUAGUUACCAUCUCUCACCCGAUAUAGUAUUUUUUUUUCUACCAUUUAUUUGUCUUCUUAAAUUGAAUGUCGUGUUGUAAUCAGUAUCUGGGUUUUGGCAUUAUCUGGUUUUGUUUAUUUUCUGUUCACUGCCAAGAGGGAAGUUACAUUUCUGAGCUUGCCAAGGAUCUUGUUUUAUUCUAGCUCAAUUUUCAUUAUUCAAAUCGUUGAGUGCAUAAUUUAAUUCAAUGUGCAUGUUGCCCAUAAAAGCUUCUGGUAUACUUUAAAUAAAUAUUUUACAGGAGAAUUACUCCGAUUUAACCUGCUAAUAUACCACUGCACAGAAAUCAUUCAUGGCACAUUAAAUAGCGGUUAAUGUUUUCUGUUAUGUUACUAUAUACAUAAGGGACUAAUAAUAAUAAGUUUGAACCAUGUGCUUGAGUUUGUAAUUGUGGCCUUGGUCUACAGCAAUGAAUCCUGUCCCUAAACUUUCUCACCGAGACAAUUACUGUCUAUCUGUAGGCCUACAUCAUUCAAAGCUGCCAAAAGUGCUAGAAAUAAAACGUAGCACAGUAAGAUAAUGCAGGUAGUUUUAUUUUUACUUAAAAAUGCUGCGAUUUAAACAUGUACUGCUUUUUGUAGUCCAUAUGAAUUUGUAAUCCAUCUUAUUGCUUCACAGAACACAUAUACAUGUUACAGAUUAUUUGAAUAAGUGAGGAGGCCUUCUUUCUAUUGAAAAUUUAAUUUUUGUUGGCUUUUAAGAUUAAACCUUAGUUGCAUAUUAGAACAAAUAAUGGUUAAUAGCCAAAGAAACCAACUGUAUGUUUUUGACUGCUUCAAAUAAACUUUGGGUUCUAAUUCAACAA